AAGCGAGACGCGCCGGGGACUCACCUCCUCCUUCGCCGGUCGGUAUAACAGCCGCUGCUGCGAAGGCCACGAACCGGGAUAGGCGAUGCCGCUGCUGGAUCGAGGUGGCUGGAGAGGUACCCAUUGCAAAUUCACACUAGCGGCAAGAGAAUUCUUAGUUGAGAAUCCCUACAAAGCAAGUGAACCAUGAAGACAAAUCCAGUUAUUCAAGCUGCUAUUGACCUCACUGCUGGUGCUGUAGGGGGAACAGCCUGUGUGGUAACUGGUCAGCCAUUUGACACCGCAAAGGUGAAAAUGCAGACAUUCCCUAACAUGUACCAAGGACUUGUGGACUGCUUUGUGAAGACUUACAAGCAAGUAGGAUUUCGGGGGUUCUACAAGGGGACCACCCCAGCUCUUGUUGCAAACAUAGCCGAAAACGCCGUGCUCUUCAUGUGUUACGGCUUUUGCCAAAAAAUUGUGAGGAAAAUUGUGGGACUGGACAGGAAUGCACAACUGAGUGACCUUCAAAAUGCCGCUGCUGGUUCCUUUGCUUCUGUCUUUGCCACCUUGGUCCUUUGUCCCACAGAGCUUGUGAAGUGCCGCCUGCAGGCCAUGCACGAAAUGAAGUUGUCGGGGAAGAUCCUACAAGGGCACAAUACAGUUUGGGCAGUAGUGAAAAGUGUUAUACAGAGGGAUGGUCCCCUUGGAUUUUACCGUGGUCUCUCCAGCACUUUGCUACGAGAAAUUCCUGGCUAUUUUUUAUUCUUCGGAGGCUAUGAACUGAGCCGGUCAUUUUUUGCUUUUGGGAGACCAAAAGAGGAGCUAGGUCCUGUCGCACUGAUGUUCAGUGGUGGCUUCGGGGGUGUCUGCUUGUGGACGGCGGUGUACCCAAUCGAUUGCAUCAAAUCUAGAAUCCAGGUGCUUUCUAUGGCCGGAAAACAAGCAGGCUUCAUGGGAACGUUUGCAACUGUAUUCCAAAACGAAGGUGUGUUUGCCUUAUACUCCGGCCUGAAGCCUACUCUGAUCCGUGCAUUCCCAGCCAACGGUGCUCUGUUCCUUGCUUACGAGUACAGCCGGAAGCUGAUGAUGAACCAGUUUGAUGCAUACUAAGCUCUCAUUGUACACAGAUGUCAUUAUGUGCAUUUAUAGGUCAAUGCAGGAGUCGACUGCUGGGAAUGAAGGUAACACUAGGGGUUGGACUUUGUCGAAGCAGUUUUUUUUAAAAAAGAAGAGUCUGCAUGGGUCAGUUUUAAUAAACAUCCUAUGUUUUCUAAA